AUGACCGGCGAGGCUGUGGAUUCUGCUUCACCCGAGACGCUGGAACAGCAACUCGUGUGUCUGGCGCUUGUGGCCAUCGCAGACCCGCUACGUCCCGGAACGCGAGAGGCUGUGGCGUCCUGCCAGAAAGCUGGCAUCGUGGUGCGAAUGGUCACGGGUGACAGUGCUCUAACCGCACGUUCCAUUGCACGCGAGUGUGGCAUCUUGACGGAGGAGGAGGAAGAAGAGACGUACACCGUCAUGAAAGGACCGGACUUUCGAGCGCUUGUGCUAAAUGCGCAUGGACAACUACGACAGGAGAUCUUCAAGCAGACGGGAGACGGCACGAACGAUGCACCGAUACUUCGAGCUGCCCAUGUAGGGUUUGCCAUGGGCAAGAGCGGCAGGUCUGUGGCCAAGGAAGCAGCGGAUAUCGCGUUGAUGGACGACGAUCUGACAGGCGUAGUGAGCGCCGUCGUCUCCGGACGCGGCGUGCUCGACGGCAUCUCGCAGUCCUCCAGAAUAGCGUCGAAAGUCCCGCGAGCAGAAGCCACGAUCACAGUCAUCGCUGUGGCGCUCAGUGUGGCUUGUGUCGGAGCUGUGACCCUCCGUCAGUCUCCUAUCGCUGCGGUGCAGAUUCUAUGGGUUAAUCUCUCCAUGGACGUGUUCGCGUCGCAAGUGCUCACCCCAGCGCCUCCGAGAUACUGGCACGCCAGCCAAUUCCACGCACGUAUCGUCGACGACGACUCGGAGUCCACUCAGCACUUGACCAUUGUCUUCAACACGUUUGUGUGGCUGCAGCUCUUCAACCAGCUCAACUGUCGACAGAGCGUCUCCGACACGCCUUCGCUUUGA